CACUGAGCAGCACACCACUUUAUGCCAGCCCCUCUAUAUUCCAUGUCUUUCUUAUCAUGCCGCUCCUUGAUGUGAGCAAGUCCUCAUCACAUCCUUCAGAUGAUGAGCAAAAGAUUUUCCAGUACAUCGAUCAUCAUCAAGAUACAUUUGUUCAGAGUCUGUCAGAAUGGGUGGCUGUGGAGAGUGAUUCCAUACAACCACACUUAAGAGGAAAUAUAACUGAAAUGGUAAAGAUAGCAGCAAAUAGUCUCCAGGCUUUAGGAGCUACUGUAGAGUUGAAGAACGUGAGCAGUCAAGAUGAGCCUUAUGGCCAGAACCUUUCAUUACCUCCUGUCAUUCUAGCAGAGCUUGGGAAGGAUACUGCAAAACCCACUGUGUGUUUUUAUGGACAUUUGGAUGUGAUGCCUGCCAAAAAGGAAGAUGGAUGGAAAACAGAUCCCUACACAUUGACUGAGAUGGAUGGAAAACUUUAUGGUCGUGGAGCAACUGACAACAAGGGACCUGUCUUAGCUUGGAUAAAUGCAGUGGGGACAUUCAUAGCACUAAAUAUGACUUUGCCAGUAAACGUCAAGUUUCUUCUUGAAGGCAUGGAAGAAGCUGGAUCCCAUGGGCUGGAAGACUUACUUAAAGAAAAUGAGGGAUUUUUUUCUGAUGUAAUGUACAUUGUGAUUUCGGAUAACAUAUGGCUCAGCAACAAAAAACCAGCUCUAACAUAUGGAACUCGGGGAAAUGCUGCCUUCUUUGUGGAGGUAGAAUGCUGUAAAAAAGAUCUUCAUUCAGGAUCCUUUGGGGGCAUCAUCCAUGAAGCAAUGUUUGAUUUGGUAGCCCUUCUUGACAGUCUUGUGGAUUCAUCUGGUCGUAUUCUGAUCCCUGGAAUCUAUGAUGAUGUUGCUAAUGUUACAAAUGAGGAGAUGAAGCUGUAUGCACCGAUAGAUUUUAAUUUCGAGGAACAUAAAGCUAAUAUUGGUGUGAAGGAAUUUCUUUAUAAAACCAAGGAGGAUAUACUCUUAAACCUGUGGCGUAACCCAUCUCUCUCUAUUCAUGGGAUAGAAGGAGCUUUUUCUGAACCUGGAAUCAAAACAGUCAUACCGUCAAAAGUAAUAGGGAAAUUUUCAAUCCGACAAGUUCCUAAUAUGAACCUUCCUACCGUGGAAAGCCAGGUGAAAGAGCAUUUAAAAAGAGUAUUCUCUAAAAGGAACAGCCCAAACAAACUGACUGUGUCUAUGCAAGUGGCUGCAAAGCCCUGGAUUGCUAAUAUUAAGAACCUUCAGUAUGAAGCAGCUAGAAGAGCGAUCAAAACAGUGUUUCAACAAGAUCCUGAUAUGAUCCGGGAUGGAUCAACAAUUCCAGUUGCCAGAAUGUUUGAGGAUAUAACGAAGAAGAGUGUAAUGAUGUUUCCAAUAGGAGCCGCGGAUGAUGGAGAGCACUCCCAGAAUGAGAAAAUAAACAGGCUCAAUUACAUCAAUGGAGCAAAAGUAUUUGCCUCCUUUUUACUGGAGAUCUCAAAGCUUCACAGUGGCUCCAACCUGAUGACUACAUCUUGAUAUAGCAGUGGUAAAACAAGGCUGGGCAUCUUUUGUGCUAUGUUGCUUUGUCCCAGUAUGGUAUGCUUUGCCUUCCUCUUUAAAUCUUAUAAAUGUAAUAUCCCAGGCUAGGCAAAAGUGUUGUGCAUCAACAUUCAUGACUACUGUUUUCGCUGUCUAUUCUGCUAUUGUACUCCUUUAUACACUUAAUAGCUCAUAAAUCUGUAUCUGUAAUAUUACUGGUUUCUAUCCUUUGCA